AUGACAGACAAGACGAUCGUGGCCUUUGAUCUAUAUGGCACCCUGUUGUCUACUGACUCCAUUGCCAAGCAGCUGGAGAAAUACGUCGGCCAUGAAAAGGCUCAGUCGAUCUCUGCGCUCUGGCGCCAGUAUCAGCUGGAGUAUACUUGGCGACUGAACAGCAUGGGGCGCUACGAGGACUUCGCAAGAGUCACGCGAAAUGCAUUAGUCCAUGCCCUGGCCGAGAACGGCGAACAACUCGGCGACGACCUAACCCAGGUGCUGGAAGCCUACGAGAGCCUUUCCACCUACGCCGACGUGAACCCAGCCCUUACGCGAGUCGCAGCUGACCCCAGCAUCCGAGCCGUGGUGUUCUCCAACGGCACCAAGGCCAUGGUCUCCAACUCGUUGCUGCGGUCGCGAGAGAUCUCGCCGCACGCCCAUGUCUUCCAGGACAUUGUCACCGUGGAUGAGAUCCAGAGCUACAAGCCCUCGCGCGCGAGUUACGAGCACCUCGCCAAGCAGGUGGACAAGAGUUCCAGCCAGAUGAACGAGCUCUGGCUCAUCAGCGGCAAUCCCUUUGACAUUGUCGGCGCACGCAGCAUGGGUAUGCAUGCUAUCUGGGUCGAUCGCGUCGGCGUUGGAUGGAAGGAUGCCGCGGUUCCUGACCUACGGCCGGAUGCAAUUGUCCAGAGUCUAGAGCACAUCGUGGAAGAGGUCAAGGGCCGGCGGCUGUAG